UGGAACAAGAGAGGGAGGUAAAUAGCUGAAAAGAUAGAAAGACAAAGACAACCGGGAAUUAGCAAUUAAGGUUGAGGGAACAAACUAACAAGCAAACAAAUAUUUUGACGUUGUUUGCGUUAACUUAAAAAAGAAAAAAUAUAUAUAUUUUUUUGUAAUCCCGUGAGUAAUCCCAGAGAGAAAUGAUACGAGUCUGAAGGAAUUAAACAACAAAGAAAGAAAAGCUUGUGAAGAAUUUUGUGUGCCUGGAAACUGCAAGACCAAUCAUUUAAGUUCAUCACUUCACAGAAGCCUUUUAAGUUUUUUUUUGCACGUAUGAAGAGUCGUUUACACCCUGGAGAACUGAAGGAAUCACAUCUGUGAUGUGGAUAAUAUCGGUCAAUGAAUAAAUAAAGCAGGAUCUCAUGAACUUCAUCAGUACGUAAGAACAAAAAGACAAUACAGGAAGCUUUGGAUUCAGGACACAGUGAAAACUCAACUCUUUUCCUGGAAACCUUUCAAUUGUCUGUCAGUCACUUUUUUCUGUCUCCACCUAAAUAAAGAAUGUCUGCGUCACGAGGUUGCCUCUGCUGUGUGAAGUACCUCAUGUUUAUCUUCAACCUCAUCUUUUGGUUGGGAGGAUGUGGUUUAUUUGGGGUCGGGGUGUGGCUCGCCUUCACACAGUCUGAGUUUUCAUCUCUACCGCUGUCCUUCCCUUCACUCUCUGCGGCCAACCUGCUGCUUGUUGCUGGGGGCGUAACCAUGGUGACAGGAUUUCUCGGAUGCCUUGGUGCUCUAAAAGAGCAGAAGUGUCUAUUGAUGACGUUUUUUGUGAUCCUCUUGUUUCUAGUCCUGACAGAAAUGGCACUGAUUUUGGUUUUGAGUGUGUAUCAUGAAGAGUUGGACAAAAAGGCUAAGGAUGACCUAAGAGAGGGAAUGAAUGACUAUAAAACAAAUAAAGGGCUGGAAAAAUCCUGGGACAACAUGCAGAAGAUUUUCAAGUGCUGUGGCGUGAGCAACCACACCGACUGGCACAAUAAAACAUCCAACGGCGAACUUCCUGUCUCCUGCUGCAGGGAUCAUUUUGGAGAAUGCCAUCAUUGGGAAGAGCCGUGUUAUGAGAAGGCCAAGGACUGGCUUCUGGCUAACAUCACCUCAGUGCUUGGGUUUGGAGUUUGUAUUGGAAUUGUUCAGAUUCUUGCUUUGGUGUUCUCCAUGCUGAUGUACUGCCAAAUCCUACGAGCAGAAAAAUACAUGGACUGACCCUUCCUUCGCCCCAUUCUGAAUAUGUAAUGAAUGUUUAAACAGACUUGCCUAUUAGAGAUACUGGACGUGAUAUGCAUGUGCACAUAGAUUACAGUACUGCACUUAGGAAGAAGCUCAGACGAAUCUCAGAUAAAUUAAUUUACCAGAUAAAAGGCUAAAUAAUUCAUUUGUACUUAGAAAAAGAAGAUUAAAUGAAUAUAAAGUAAAGGUAUACAGUAGGUGGAAAAUGUAAAUCCUAGAAUUAUUGUACUCUUUGUUAAAUACCCUUAUAACUGCUUGCAAUGAACAUGCAAUCAAUGUGAAUUUCCUAUAAAUGGAAAUUAAAUGUUUAA